AUGAAUGACAAUAAUCGGAUCUUAUGCAGUGGAGUUGAUGAAUAUAUGCAAGAAACUGAAGGUCACUGGGGACGAUGCAUUGGUGAUUGUGGUUCAGGUGGUAUUCAGAGCCGAGUAGUUUGGUGUGUACACUCAGAAGGCUGGACAACCCAUCAUUCAAAUUGUGAACAAAGUGAAAGACCUGAAUGCCAGAGGAGCUGUUUUAAGAUAUGUGAUUGGCAUCUUGAACUCUUUGAGUGGGAAGUUUCAGAAUGGAACGUAUGUGUUCUAGUCCCUUUUGCCCAUGGUGAAGUCAAACCAAGGACUUCAGAGUGUGUAACUGCACAGCAUGGAUUACAGCACAGAACUGUACAAUGUAUACAAAAGUUGAAUAGAACAGUGGUUGCAAAUGAGAUUUGUGGUUAUUUUACUCCUCAGCCACCUAUGGAACAAGCCUGUCUAAUACCUUGCCCACGAGAUUGUGUAGUAUCAGAAUUUUCUUCCUGGUCUGAAUGUAGCAAACAUUGUGGAAAGAGUUUACAACAUAGAACCCGUUUUAUUAUUGCUCCUCCACUCUAUGGUGGAACCAAGUGUCCAAAUCUCACUGAGUCCAGGGUCUGUGAUGUUUCAAUGUCUUGUCCUCAUGAGGAAGAGGAAUACUCCUACAGUCUUAAAGUUGGACCUUGGAGUAAAUGCCGGCUGCCUCAUCUUAAAGAGAUUAACAUGGUUGGGAGAACUAUUCUGGACUUCAGCUCAGAUUCAAUGGAACGAAGCACUUUUAAGCUUGAAAUGGUUGAGAAUUUGCAAAAUUCUCACAAAUUCAGGUCCCACUACAGUUCCAGGUCUUGGGAUAUAGAAAUUGGUUAUCAGACAAGGCAGGUGAGGUGUACAAGAAAUGAUGGGAAAAAUGCUAUAUUGAGCCUUUGUAUGCAAGAAACCAUCCCUUUGACUUUUCGCUCCUGUAUUAUGCCUAAAGACUGUGAAACAUCUGACUGGUCUUCCUGGAGCUCCUGUUCAAAGACUUGUUACUCAGGGGAUCUCUCACCAGGAUUCCGCAGCAGAACAAGGAUUAUAAAGCACGUAGCUAUUGGAGCUGGUAGAGAAUGUCCUGAAACUGAAGAAAGAGAGGCCUGCAAUACUGGUGGUGGAGGAAAACACCUCCAUCCUUGCCCAAGAUAUUCAUGGAAAACCUCUGAAUGGAAGGAAUGUGACGUUUCUCUCCUGUUAGAACGGCAGGACCCUCGACUUGAUAAACGUGCAGCGCUCUGUGGAGGUGGGAUACAGAUUCGCGAGGUCUACUGUGCCCAGACGAUAGUGGAGGAAAUGCACAAGUCAAAGGAAGUGAUUAGGCCUGCUGAAAAGAAGCUUUGCCCUUCUCCUGCUCCUCCUGCUUCUCAACUGUGUAGUAUUCCAUGUCCUCCUGAGUGUGUGGUUUCUUCCUGGUCAACAUGGAGCCCUUGCAUUCAUGAAGACUGCCAAGAAAUUCAAGGAAGAAAAGGUUUCAGAAUGAGGCACAGAUACAUUGUUGUGGAUUCCAUUGGAAAUUCUGACAACUGCCCACAUUUGAUAGAAUCUAUUCCUUGUGAUAAUCCAACAUGUUUUGACUGGAGUAUUUCAGAAGGAAUCUGUUUUCCUUAUAAUGGAAUAUGUGGACAAGGAAACCGUGUGUUAUAUGCCCAAUGCAAGAACAACAAUGGUGAAGAUGUAACUGAUGAUUUUUGUGCUGACUCUCCUUCGCCUUCCAAAACAACAACUUGUGAAGUACCCUGUGGAAUGGACUGUGUUGUGACUGAGUGGUCACAAUGGUCACCUUGUUCUCACUCAUGUUCCAAUAAAAAUUCAGAUGGGAGGCAAAGCAGAACAAGAUCUGUACUGGCAUUACCAGGAGAAGGUGGAAAGCCCUGUCCUCCUACUUCUGCACUCCAGGAGUAUCGCCUGUGUAAUGAGCAUUCUUGUAAUCAACUAUACUGGGAAGCAUCUGCAUGGAGUCUCUGUUCAGAAAAUGCCUUGAUAACAGCUCUGAAUACUACUACCAAUUGGAAUGGCAAGACAACCUGUGGAGUUGGUGUACAGACUAGGAACGUCUUCUGUGUGAAAAAUAACGCUGGGCAGGUCCCAGCUAAAAGGUGUCCAGAAUCCAACAGGCCAGAAACUGUCCGCUCAUGUCCGCUCCCAUGUAAGAAAGAUUGUGUAGUGACUCCUUUCAGUGAAUGGACACGCUGCCCUACUACCUGCCAACAUGGUAAUGCUACGGCAAAAAAACAGUCCCGCUACAGGAUCAUCAUUCAAGAUGCAAUUAAUGGAGGACUGGAAUGCCCAGACACCUUAUUUGAAGAAAGAGAGUGUGAAGGCAUCCCGCUUUGCCCUACAUACAGUUGGAAGGUCCACAAGUGGAGUCAGUGCAUAUUGGUGCCUGAUUCAGUAAGGCAAGGUGUAUUAGGAAUCAAUGAAGCAUGUGGGCUCGGUUUGCAAUCGAGAGUUGUGACAUGCACCUUGGAAAAUAAUCAUUCAAUAGGUGCCAGUGAGUGCUUGAAGUGGGCAGGAUGGAUGCCUUCCCUUGUCCAAGACUGCUCAGUGCCUUGCAAAGAUGACUGCAUGUUCACUCCUUGGUCUAAAUUUACAGCAUGCACUUCUGAUUGUGAAUCAACACGGACCAGAAGAAGAACCCUUACAGGGAGAAGCAGAAAGCGAGACAAGUGCCAGAAUACAGAAGUGUAUCCUCAGCUUGAAACGGAACUAUGUCCUUGCGCAAUGUUUACCUCCCAGCCCCAUGGGAAUUGGUCAGAAUGCAUAAUUUCUGUAGGAAAAACGGAGCUACAAUUAGACCUGAGAUUUCACAGACAUGCCAAAGAAUGCGGAGAAGGUGUGCGCUUCCGAGCCCUUGCCUGCUAUGAUAAGACCGGCAGACUUGCAGAACCCUCUCAGUGCAACCAUUCAGGUUAUAUUGAAGAACCUUGCACAGUACCUUGCCCAUUUGACUGCAAAUUAAGUGACUGGUCUAACUGGGCUCCUUGUAGUUCAUCAUGUGGGACAGGAGUGAAAAUUCGGUCCAGGUGGCUUAAAGAGAAACCAUACAACAGAGGACGUCCUUGUCCAAAACUGGAUCCUAAGAAUCAG